CCACCUGGGUUUGAUUUUGUUUUGCAGGAUCCUGUUCAGGAUGGGGUGGCUUCACCAGCCACCCCUGGGACCGGGAAAUCCAAGCUGGAAACAUUGCCCAAGGAAGAUCUUAUCAAGUUUGCCAAGAAGCAGAUGAUGCUAAUACAGAAAUCUAAAUCAAAAUGUACAGAACUGGAGAAAGAAAUUGAAGAAUUGAAAUCAAAAACUGUUGCUAGAGGAACUGAUGAUAUUAUUAAGGCAUUGACUGAGCGUCUGGAUGCUAUUCUUCUGGAAAAAGCAGAGACUGAGCAACAAUGUCUUUCUCUGAAGAAGGAAAAUAUUAAAAUGAAGCAGGAGGUUGAGGAUUCUAUAACUAAGAUGGAAGAUGUGCACAGGGAGUUUGAACAAUCACAAAGAAACUAUGAGAAAGAAAUGGAAAAUUUGAAAAAUGAGUUAAUGGCAGUACAUUCCAACCACAGUGAUGAUAAAGCUAACUUGCACAAGAAACUGGAAGAAGCAACAAAAAAACAAUUAGAGCUUUCAGAACAACUUAAAUUUCAGAGUGACUCUGAAGAUAAUGUUAAAAAACUGCAAGAAGAGAUUCAGAAAAUUAGGCCAGCCUUUGAGGAGCAAAUUUUAUAUCUGCAAAAGCAGUUAAAAGCUGCCACAAAUGAAAAGGAGCAAGAAAUUACUCAUCUCCAAAAAGUCAUUGAGGCUAAUUCUCAGCAUUACCAAAAAGAUAUUAAUAGUUUACAAGAGGAACUUUUGCAGUUGAAAGCUACACACCAAGAAGAGGUAAAAGAAUUGAUGUGCCAAAUUGAAGCAUCUGCUAAAGAACGUGGAGCAGAAGUAAAUAAUUUAAACCAGCUACAGGAGAACUUAGUCAAACAAUGUGAGACAAGUGAGAAGUACAUUCAGGAGAAAAAUGAAUGUGACUUAGAAAACUUAGGGAAAGCCUCAAAUGCAAACCAAGAAAAUCAGAUGUGUUCUUUACUCCUACAAGAAGAUACUUUUGUAGACCAAAUAGUAAAUGAAAAAGUCAAACAUUUAGAAGAUACCUUAAAAGAACUGAAGUCUCAACAUAGUAUCUUAAAAGAUGAGGUAACUUAUAUGAAUAAUCUUAAAUUAAAACUUGAAAUCGAUGCCCAACACAUAAAGGAUGAAUUUUUUCAUGAACGUGAAGACUUAGAGUUUAAAAUUAAUGAGUUAUUACUAGCUAAAGAAGAGCAGUGCUGUGUAAUUGAAAAAUUAAAGUCUGAGCUAGAAGAGUCAAAUAAACAGUUUUGCUACACGGUAGAACAACAUAACAAAGAAGUACAGAGUCUUAAGGAACAGCAUCGGAAAGAAAUAUCAGAACUAAAUGCAUUUUUGUCAGGUGCAGAAAAAGAAAAAUUAACAUUAAUGUUUGAAAUACAAGGUCUUAAGGAACAGUGUGAAAACCUACAGCAAGAAAAGCAAGAAGCAAUUUUAGAUUAUGAGAGCUUACGAGAGAGUAUGGAAAUUUUACAAACAGAACUAGGGGAAUCUGCUGGAAAAAUAAGUCAAGAGUUUGAAUCAAUGAAGCAACAGCAAGCAUCUGAUGUUAAUGAACUUCAGCAGAAGCUCAGAACUGCUUUUAAUGAAAAAGAUGCUCUUCUUGAAACCGUGAAUCAUCUUCAGAGAGAAAAUGAAAAGUUAUUAUCGCAACAAGAAUUUGUACCAGAACUUGAAAAUACCAUAAAGAACCUUCAAGAAAAGAAUGAAAUGUAUUUCAUUAGUCUCAGUGAGAAAGAUACCAUGUUGCGAGAAUUUGAAGCAGAGAUAAGCUCUCUUACGGAGGAAAAAGAUGAUUUCGUGAGUAAAAUAAAAAGUUGUCAUGAAGAGAUGGAUAAUCUCCAUAAAAAAUGUGAAAGGGGAGAAAGAUUGAUUUUAGAACUUAGGGAGAAAGUAGAGCAAACUACCCAGUACAACAGUGAACUAGAACGAAAAGCAAAUGAAUUAACGAGAGGACUAGAAGAAACUUUGAAAGAAAAGGAUCAAAAUAACCAAAAACUAGAAAAGCUAAUGGUUCAGUUGAAAACUCUCUCUGAAGAUCAGGAAGCAUUGUCAUCUGAAGUGAAGUCUCUUUAUGAGGAAAAUAACAGACUAAGUUCAGAAAAGAAUCAAUUGAUCAGGGAUUUGGAAGCUUUCCUGUCUCAAAAAGAAGGAGAUUCUGUGCUUAAGGAACAGAUUUCUGAAUUAGAGAAGAAACUUCAGUUAAUAGUUGAAGAACGAGAUAAUUUAAUUAAACUGUUCGAAAAUGAGCAAGUUCAGAAGUUACAUGUCAAAACUCAGUUGUAUGGUUUUCUUAAACAAAUGGAGUCAAAAGUUUCAGAAGAAAAGGAAGAGCAAGAUGUAAAUGUCUUACAAGCUAUAGGUGAAUCCUUAGCUAAGAUAAGUGAGGAAAAACACAACUUGGUGUUUCAGUAUGAUACAAAGAUAGUCGAGUUAGAAAGAGAGAUUAAGUUCCUUCAAGAAGAGAAGGUAAUUCGAUGUGAGGAACUUAGGUCUUUAGUUAGAGACCAUGAGCAAGAGAAAGUUCUCCUAAGGAAGGAGUUAGAAGAAACCUUGUCAGAAAAAGAGACACUGCAGUCUGAUCUACUAGAAGUGAAGAAUGCUAAUGAAAAAAUAUGGCUUGAAAAUCAGAAUCUUUUAAUUCAAGUUGAAGAAUUAUCUCAGAAAUUAUGUAGCAGAAAUAAAGUCCAUAAUGAAAAAGAAAAGUCUUUUAUAAGGGAACUUGAAAAACUAAGGCCGUUACUGGAACAAAAAGAGUCUGAAUUGCAGGAUGUGAGAGCAGAGUUGGUAUUAUUGAAGGAUUCCUUAGAGAAAUCACCUUCUGUAGAAAAUGAUCAACCUUCAGUAAAAGAGCUGAAAGAAAAAAUAGGAUAUCUGGAAAAAGAAUCCAAAGAGAAAGAGGAAAAAAUAAAUAAGAUAAAAUUAGUUGCUGUGAAGGCAAAGAAAGAACUAGAUUCUAGCAGAAAGGAGGCCCAGACUCUACGGGAAGACCUCGAAUCUGUUCGAUCAGAAAAGGAUCAGUUGUCUACUUCCAUGAGAGAUCUCAUUCAAGGAGCAGAAAGCUAUAAGAAUCUUUUAUUAGAAUAUGAUAAGCAGUCAGAGCAGCUGGAUGUGGAAAAAGAACGUGCUAAUAAUUUUGAGCAUCGUAUAGAAGACCUUACAAGACAAUUAAGGAACUCUACUUCUCAGUGUGAAAAAUUAAAUUCUGAUAACGAAGAUCUCCUGGCUCGUAUUAAUACACUACAGUCUAAUGCCAAGUUGUUAGAAGUACAGAUUUUAGAAGUCCAGAAAGCCAAAGCGAUGGCGGACAAGGAGUUGGAAGCAGAAAAACUUCAGAAAGAGCAGAAGAUAAAGGAGCAUGCCAGUUCUGUAAAUGAACUUGAAGAACUUCAGCUACAACUUAAAAAGGAAAAGAAACAGCUUCAGAAAACCAUGCAUGAAUUAGAGCUGGUUAGAAAGGAUGCCCAACAAACCACAUUGAUGAAUAUGGAAAUAGCUGAUUAUGAACGUUUGCUGAAAGAACUAAAUCAAAAGUUAACGAAUAAAAACAGCAAGAUAGAAGAUUUGGAGCAAGAAAUAAAAAUUCAAAAGCAGAAACAAGAAACCCUGCAAGAAGAAAUGACUUCACUGCAGUCUUCAGUGCAACAAUAUGAAGAAAAAAACACCAAAAUCAAGCAGUUGCUUGUGAAAACCAAAAAAGAACUGGCAGAUUCAAAGCAAGCAGAAACUGAUCACUUAAUACUUCAGGCAUCUUUAAAGGGUGAGCUGGAGGCAAGCCAGCAGCAAGUAGAAGUCUAUAAAAUUCAACUGUCUGAAAUAACAUCUGAGAAACACAAAAUUCACGAGCACCUGAAGACUUCUGCGGGCCAGCAUCAGCGCACGCUGAGUGCAUACCAGCAGAAAGUGACAGCCCUUCAGGAACAGUGCCACGCUGCCAAGGCAGAACAAGCUGCUAUAACCUCUGAAUUUGAGAGCUACAAAGUCCGAGUUCAUAAUGUUCUAAAACAACAGAAAAAUAAAUCUGUGUCUCAGGCUGAAACCGAGGGAGCUAAACAAGAAAGAGAACACCUGGAAAUGCUGAUUGACCAACUAAAAAUCAAAUUACAAGAUACCCAAAAUAACCUGCAGAUCAGUGUAUCUGAACUUCAAACAUUACAGUCUGAACAUGAUACUUUGCUGGAAAGACACAACAAGAUGCUGCAGGAAACUGUGGCCAAAGAGGCAGAACUCCGGGAAAAGUUGUGUUCAGUACAAUCAGAGAACAUGAUGAUGAAGUCUGAACAUGCACAGACUGUGAGUCAACUGACAUCCCAAAACGAGGUCCUUCGCCAUGGCUUCCGAGAUCAAGUGCGACAUUUGCAGGAAGAGCACAGAAAGACAAUGGAAACUUUGCAGCAGCAGCUCUCCAAGGUGGAAUCUCAGCUUUUCCAGCUUAAGAGUGAACCAACCGCAAGAAGCCCAGCUUCUUCCCACCAACCUAUGAAGAACCUUCGAGAAAGGAGAAACACAGACCUUCCGCCUUUGGACAUGCACGCCGUAACUCGGGAGGAUGGAGAAGGAAUGGAAACGACUGAUACUGAGUCCGUGUCUUCUGCCGGCGCUCACACACAGUCUCUAGAGCAGCUUCUUAAUUCUCCUGGAAUUAAACUUGAGCCUCCUUUAUGGCAUGCUGAAUUUACCAAAGAAGAAUUGGUUCAAAAGCUCAGUUCCACUACAAAAAGUGCUGACCACUUAAAUGGACUGCUUCGGGAAACAGAAGCAACCAAUGCGGUCCUUAUGGAGCAAAUUAAGCUUCUCAAAAGUGAAAUAAGAAGAUUGGAAAGAAAUCAGGAACGAGAGAAGUCUGUAGCCAACCUGGAGUACUUGAAGAAUGUCCUGCUACAGUUCAUUUUCCUGAAACCAGGUAGUGAAAGAGAGAGGCUCCUUCCUGUUAUAGACACAAUGUUGCAGCUCAGCCCUGAAGAAAAGGGAAAACUUGCUGCAAUUGCACAAGGUGAGGAAGAAAAUGCUUCCCGUUCCUCCGGAUGGGCAUCCUAUCUGCAUAGUUGGUCUGGACUUCGAUAGAUUGGUGGAAAAAACAUUAUUUAUUAACCAAAUAGAAUCCAUUUGGCAAAAAAGGCUCACAUAUAUUGCUGUCAUUGUUUUGUCA